GGCGUCGUGCAGCUAAAAGGACGAAACAGUGAAAUGGAACAAGCGGCUAUUACCGAGACCAAGGAGAGUGUAACCACAGACCACCAGGAACUACCGGCCGCCGAUCGCAAGGAUAGCCCAUCGGAAAGCAGCGCAGUAGGCGAAUCAAGUGCUAUGAGGACCACGGAGAAUGAUGCCGAUGACGAUGACGACGAAGAGGAUGAUGACGAGGAUGAGACGAAGCUACAGGAGCAGCUGCAAACCCUCAAGGGGGACCGUAUCGGCGAAACGAUGUACUCCGAGCGAUUUGUGCUGUCCACCAUCCUGAAGCUCUCGCAGUUUACCGAUCAACAGCUACUGGAGGAUGAUGAAGAAUUCGAGCGUGAUCUGUGCAAUCUCUGGGACAUGACGAUCGAGCCAGACGUGGUGCGGUUUCUGUUGCAACAGGAAGCUGUGGAACUGUUUCUGGCUCUUGCUGGCCGUUCGAAGGAUUACCGGCUGAUGGAGAUCUUAAUCGGUAUCGUUGGCAAUAUGUGCUGCGUGGAAGAGAUGCACGAGCUGCUGCACACGCAGAGCGAGAUCCUGUUGGCCCUGUGUGAUUUCCUAUCGAUCGAUGAUGCUCCGAUGUUAGUGCAGUUGAUGCGUACGCUGACGACGCUGUUCGAUCGUUCGGACGAUGAGCGGUACAGCUGGUUUGCGGUGAUGAAGCGAGCCGACAACUUGACCGAGAAGCUAUCCCUAAUUCUAGCUACCAGUACUAACCGGGCGUUGCUUGAGCAUACGGUCGAGACGGUUUGCGCCAUCAUUAACCGGUUCACCGAGGCCGAGGUAGACUAUGCACAGCUGAAGGAGUUCUAUCGUUUGUUCGGUAAGAGCUGCCUGCUGGACGGUCUGUUCGAAGCCUUCCGUCAACUCUAUCCACCGAUCAGCAGCAACAGCUCGCAAGCAGCCAGCGGUAGUGGGAGUGGUGGUGGUGGUGGUGGGUUCGAAGAGGACACGCUAACGGCGACGGAUUUGAAAACGAUGCGCCGCUUCAUGGAGGUGCACGAGCACUUCGUAGUGCAUGCGAACGAACUGUAUGAACCGCACGUGGAGGAGCUGGUACAGAGCGUCUAUCGGGUGCUGGUGGCGCUUUGCAGCGAAAGUAUGCUCUUCCCGUUGAACAAAAAUCACGUCAGCAUUCUGGUGUGUGUCAACAACAUCUACAGUGGCAUCAUGUAUCACUUCCACGCUGAUUCCUUCACCAGUAUGAUACGAAUCUAUGGAAUGCUAACGACGACGACAACGGCGCCGACCACGACUACGACAACGGCUGCGAUGGUACCAACCACUUCAAAUGGCAGUGCGCACAGUAAAGACAAUCACUCCUCGCUCCCUGAAUCAUCGGAUAUGAUGGAGGAUGAUGGAGGAGAGUUCGAUAUCGAGACGGCGUCAGCUGAACUGCUUGAAGCCAUCUACUUUCUUGUGACUCCGAUAGAACGAGACAUCAUUCGUAGUGCGGUCAUGGCCGCAGGAUUUGGAAAGCCGGCAAUCGAAGAGCUGUGCCGGGGUAUGCGUGAAGCGAUGGACGGUGAAACGCUACUGCACCAAACCUGUACCAAGCUGAUGAGCGCGUUCGAAGAUCAGCCGCAACCACCGGUGCAGCAAGCAAGUACGGCCACUGAAUGAAAGCAGAAGAAGGAGAGAGACAGAGAGACAGGAUAUUUUUAUUUUUAUUACUAUUUUACAAAACUUCACAUCUCACCAUAAAUAUUAAAUAAAUAGAUUACUAUAAAAAGCGAA